AUGUCAACUUCAAUUACCAUUCUCCUUUUGGCUGUCGCUGUUUUCGCAUCAACUGAUGCUUGUGGAGAUACUGCUUCCCAGUGAGUCAUAUCACUUCAAAUAUUUAACAAUUUUCAACAUUUUUUAGAUGUUCUUCAUGGGUAAAAAAUGGAUUCUGUAAGAGUGCAUAUUAUACAUAUGAUCAGAAAAAGGCAUACUGUGGAGCAUCUUGUGGAUUCUGUCCAGGAUCAGUACCAGUAACAACCGCUCCAGCUUCGGGAUCAUCUACUUGCACCGAUUCUGCAUCAGCUUGUGCUUCAUGGAAAAAUAAUGGUUUCUGUACCAAUUCUUUCUACUCUGAUGCUACCAGAAUUCAAUAUUGUCAAAAAUCUUGCAACCUCUGUUCUGCUUCGGCUACAACAGAUGCAUCUGGAUCUACUGUUACUGUUCCUGAUACAACAAUCAGUGUAUAA